AUGCCGGCGGUCGUCAAGCUGCGGAGCGCGGUCUACCUGUCGAGGAACAAGUUCUCCGGAGAGACACCCGACGGAGCCUUCGAGGGCAUGAGCUGGCUCAAGAAGCUCUACCUCGCCGACAACGGCUUCUCGGGGCCGAUGCCCAAAUCCCUCGCCUGCCUGCUGAAGCUUCUCGAACUCCAGCUAGAUAACAAUCGCUUCAGGGGCUCGAUUCCGAUCAUCCAAUCGUGGAGCGCAAAGCUCAAUAUUAUGUAUUGUAUAACCGAUUUCUUCGCCUGCUUGGCAUUUCGUCGUACAUCUUCUGUGCAAGCAACGACAAGGCUCUGCGCAGGCAACAACAAGGCGCCGCCGUUGACGAAAGAGCACGAGCAUACGGCGCCGAAGCUGAUCUUCGUGCAGCAAGGAGGUCCUAGGUUCGAGUUGAAGGACCUGCUGAAGUCGUCGGCGGAGCUGCUGGGGACCGGAGCAUAUGAGCUGGCUGGGGAGGCUGUCGCACCCCAACUUGCUGCCACUGUUGGCUUAUUACUACAGGAAGGUCGAGAAGCUGCUGGUCACCGACUAUGUCCCCAACAGGAGCCUCGUCAUUGCUCUCCACGGGAAGCACAGCUGGAUCCCUUUCUGUCUAGAUAUAGUGUCAUCAUUAUUGAUGAAGCUCAUGAAAGAACAGUGCACACAGACGUGCUGCUUGGGUUGAUGAAGAAAGUGCAACUUGCACGGUCUCAUGCUACUAAUAAGGAGAACAACUUGAGCAAGGAAGCUGGUGAUGGCCUAGCAAAGUCUGGCAACUUCUCCCUUAUGCCAUGUCAAAAUGCAAAACUUACUUCCUUGAAGUUGAUAAUUAUGUCUGCCAGUUUGGAUGCACGGUGCUUCUCUGAGUACUUCUGUGGUGCGAAAGCUGUUCACAUUCAUGGGCGCCAAUACCCUGUAGAAAUACUUUAUACUUAUCAACCUGAGCCAGAUUACCUCGAUGCUACCCUAAUUACCAUUUUUCAGAUACAUUUGGAGGAGACUGCUGGAGAUAUUCUUGCAUUUUUAACUGGGCAAGAUGAGAUUGAAUCGGUUGAAAGGCUCAUCAAUGAACGCAUCAAGCAACUGCCUGAUAGCAGUCAAAAUCUUCUGGUUGUCCCUAUUUAUGCAUCACUCCCCUCAGAGCAACAAAUGAAUGCCUUUAAGCCUGCUCCUUCUGGUUUUCGAAAGGUUAUUCUAGCGACAAAUAUUGCAGAAACUUCUGUAACUAUUCCUGGUAUUAAAUAUGUUAUAGAUGCUGGGUUGGUCAAAGCUCGUUCUUACAAUCCAGUGACUGGUAUGGAGUCAUUGAUUAUCAUUCCUACCUCGAAAGCACAGGCUCUUCAAAGAAGUGGUCGUGCCGGACGAGAAGGGCCUGGAAAGUGCUUUCGAUUGUACCCUGAGAGUGAGUUUGGUAAACUUGCAGAUACUACUGUUCCUGAGAUCAAAAGAUGCAACCUCUCCAAUGUUGUUUUGCAGCUAAAAGCCCUUGGUAUUGAUGAUAUCAUUGGGUUUGAUUUCAUGGAAAAACCUUCUAGGAUGACUAUAGUGAAAUCUUUGGAACAGCUGUUCCUACUUGGGGCUUUGACUGACGACUACAAGCUCUCAAGUCCAGUUGGACAUCAGAUGGCAAAGCUGCCCUUGGAUACUAUGUAUUCAAAGGCACUUAUCUUGGCUGCCGAGUUUAAAUGCCUGGAAGAAAUGUUAAUAGUUGUCGCUAUGCUCUCUGUGGAGUCCAUAUUUUACUUUCCACGAGAAAAAUUGGAAGAGGCAAGAGCUGCCCGAAAGAGUUUUUCAAGCCCUGAAGGAGACCACAUAACUAUGUUAAAUGUGUACCGCACAUCUGCGGAAAGCUUGGAGAGGAACAAAUUUGCAAAUGUCAAAGAGAAAACAUUGGAGAAAAAGUUAAAUAAAUGGUGCAGGGAGAACUUCAUCAAUUAUCGGUCUCUUCGACACGCACGGGACAUUCACAGUCAAAUUGAAGGUCAUAUCCAGGAGAUGGGUUUUCCUGCAUCAUCAUGCGGCGACAAUACACUUCAGUUCCGCAGAUGCCUUACUGCUUCGUUCUUCCUUAAUGCAGCGAUGAAGCAACCAGACGGAUCAUAUAGAGCUUUAGCUAGUGGUCAGACCGUGCAGGUGCAUCCUUCUUCAAUGUUGUUCCGCACAAAGGCGGAUUGUAUCAUCUACAACGAACUAGUCCGAACGAAUCAAAAUUACAUUCGUAAUGUGACUCGAGUGGACCCAUUGUGGUUGCCGGAGCUAGCUCCACAGUACUUUGCCGCCAAUGGCUAGUUCUUCUCUUUGGUUCCACUGCUGAUCCCAGUAGUAUGUAUCCAGAUUAUUUAUAGUGAAGCUUUUAUCGUAAAGACGGUAUCAUUUACUUUAUCUAGGAUUCAUUAUCAUUACCAGCAAGUCAUGUUUGCCUAAACUAUUCUUUAACAACUGAUCAUCUUGAGUACUUUGUAUAUUUCAGAAACAUUUUACUUGUAUAUAAGUAAGAAAACUUUGAAUCCUA